AUGCAUUCAAAAUAAACAUCAAGUUAAAUGGAAAGACAAUCUUUUCAUACUCAAUAAUCUGCUAUAUAAGAAAAUCUUGCAUUUUAAUUUAAUGAAAAUACAUAAUCUAAUAUCGAAAAUACUAAGAUUAUGGUCGAAAAAUUCACUUCUAGACUCAAUAAUAUUAGUAUUCCUUCCUCAUUAAAAUUAAAUUAAAAAUAAAAUUUAUAAGAUGUCAAAGGAAUUGAAAAUUAUUAUGGUCCAUAUAAUCUUUCUUUUAUUACUAAAAAGCAUCCUUAAUUAUUUUUGAAAGGAAUUCAAAAAUAUUUAGAGAUAAAGUAUUAAUUUAUUCAAAUGCAGGUAAGAUUUUUUAUAAUUAUUAGAAUUAUUAAAAUGGAUUUACUUUUAGUCUUAAUGAAUAAAAGAUUGAUUUAAAAUUAUAUCGGAUAGAAAAUUUAGAAAUAUUUUACUGUCAUAUUCAUUGUGUUAAUUCUAAAAAUAAUUCCAAUUAUUCAGAAUUCAACACAAUUAUUUGUGAUUUGUAAAGCAAUUUUUAAUUUUGA